AUGGAUCCCAUCCGAAGUUCCUUCCCAACUUCCGUACCUGCCGACGGUCUCCAGCAGCCCGAUGGAGACAACUAUCUGGCCCCUGCAGAGUCCCUUGAGCCCGUCUACUUUGAUCGCCUACUGGACGUGAGAAAAUCGUGAAGCAUCAUGUUGCAUACACCACAUUCAAUCUUCCUAAUAUCUUUUGUUUCUGUACAAACAGCUUCCGGGGGUUCCACCAGCUUCUCAAGAUAAUUGUCAGACCGUGCAGCCGUCCUACGCCCAUUGCCUGUCACCGCAGGUUCCUCUUCUUGAAAUAAAUCCACUGAAUGCUGCGACCGACGUGAGAAGUACCAGAACACUCACGAUAUCACAUCCGGCAUUUCUCAACUUCUAAUGUCUGGUUUCACUUUGCAUGCAGAUGAGUGAAGCUGACUUUAACACACAGCUUUUGAAUAUCACCAGGAAUCGUCUACAGCUCUUCUGGGAGUGUCGUCUGCUGGAGCUAAAUGACAGUUCAGGUUUCCAUCACGUUUUUGAAACUACAUAGCCUGUCUGUAAAAUUUAGCACUGACAUAACUAAUCACCAACACAGUUGUCCACGAGCAUCUUCUUCCAUUUUCAACGAUAAGGAAAAUAAUGAAACAAAAUGCGGAAGUUCAGGUUAUUAUCACCAAUACUAUCUCCCGAUAUUUUUCCAUGUGGCUUGAGUAAUGACGGACUACUUCUCUAUCCUUUUUCCUUUUUGAGAACAGAUGAUCAGCUCUGUUACCCCACGGGUAUUUUCAAAGGCCUGCGAGUUCUUCAUUAUGGAGAUGACAGUUCGCGCUUGGCUUCGUGCUCAAGCGUGGGGCAGGGAGACUAUCCAGAUGACUGACAUCGUCAGUGUACCUUCAGGGCGAUGGCUAUGGAUUCCUUGUAGAUAUGUUACGGUCGUCAAGGCCAGAUUCCUAA